AUGGCAUUAUAUGGUCGUUUGCUUUAUGCAUGGUUACCAUUGCUGGUAUUCUUGUUACAAGCAUUUCACGGUGGAUUUGCACAAAGCUACUACGAUGACUACAACAAUGGCGAAUAUGAUCCAAAUGCUCUUUGUUCAGAAGACCCAACUACAUCUGCAAUUGUAUGCACCUGUAAUGCUGGUUAUACUAACACUGGUAGCGCCGACAACGUUGUCUGCACAGAUAGUUGCACUAUCGAGAAUGGAGGUUGUGGCCCACACGCCACUUGCUCACAUCAUGCUAAUACAUAUGCAGUAAAAUGCACUGCUGAAGCUGAUUAUAUCAACACGGGAUCGGGAUCGGAAGAGAUACGCACAGGUGAUGUUGUCGCCCCCACCAAUAUCCAAAUUUAUUAUUCAUUCAAGGGUGGUUCGCUUACUGAUUAUAGUUCACAUGGCAUUCACGCAACUGCCUUUGGAGCUCUCGUCACUACUACUGGUCGUGUUGAUGAAGCAAUACAGUUUGACUCGGGAGCCUACAUUUCGAAUAAUUAUUAUCCAUUUGACUUUUCACGCGUUAAUGACUAUUCAUAUACAAUGGCCUUGUGGGCUAAACCGACAGGAAGUAACUCGGCACAAACACUUGUUUUCGUAUCAACAUCGACUGGUUGGUGUGCUCACUUUAUAGCAACAACGUCAACUGGAGUUUUAACAGUUAAUAGUUGGAUGAAUGGUCCUGUAGGCGCACUCGGUCCUUUACUUACGUUAAACACUUGGACACAUAUUGGCUAUACUUAUAGCCCAUCGAAUGGUAUUCGAUUGUAUGUCAAUGGUGAAUUAUACUCGUCGAGUGUGCCUUUUACAUUUUCGGCUCCCGACGCCCCGGUGACCAUCACAUUAGGAACAGAUAAUGGUGCAACGGGUUGCACACCUGGCUAUGGAGGUGAAUUCGUGGGUGCUUUGGAUGAAUUCUAUCUUUAUAAUGUUGAAUUAACAGCAGCCCAAAUUUGGACAUUAGCUCAUCCUUAA